UUAUAUUUCUGUCGGACAGCGCCGUUUUAGACAAAAAUUCAUCUAGAGUUCCAAGAUAGACCCAUCAUAUUUGUUUUGUUUUUUGGUACCAGGGAUCGAACUCGGGACCUUGUGCUUGCGAGGCAGGUGGCGCCACCACUGGGCUAAAUCCCUAACCCAACCCACCGUAUUUGAAGCCGUAACACUGGGCAGGUGGCUCCCAACAGCCAGUUUUCCGCGUCCCAAAGCACGCCGCCCAAUCAGAGGCUGGGAACUGUACAUGCGGGCAGUAUACCUCGGGGCCGGCUCCCCCAAAGAACUACAAGGACCAGAGUGCACUGCGUGGUGGCGUCGGAGCCCGGAAGGCGUAGUCUCUCCGUGAUGUCACGUCCGCUGCGCAGCCGAGGUUGUCCCGCAUUUUCUGAGGGAGCGUGACUCUGAAGCGGAAGGGGUGCGUCUGCAAGUUGAGGGUGUAGGUUUGGGGUCGCAGGUUUGAGGGCGCCCUAGGUCCUUCGAGCCUGGCUGUAGUGAGCCAGUUUUAUGUGGGAAGAAGUGAGAACUGUUCCUUUCCCAAGCACCUGUCACUUGGAAAGUGCGGUUCCCCGCCUGGAUGUAACAGCUAUCAGCUGGGUGAAGAGCUCUUGGCGGCGGCGAGCGCGGCGCGUGGCCUCUGGCGGCCGUGCCGCAGGACCAGUGAGUCAGCCGCUUACGCUGUCCGCACUUCACGGCCCCAGGGCCUUCUCUAGUGACUCCCGUCCUGCGGAUUCCCACUCAUUUCCGGAGUAUAUGGGAAGGACACCAAAGGGAAGCCUUCCUCUCCUUCGAGCACUGCUAAAGCCUUUCCUCCUGGGCAGCUGGCCCUUUGGAAAAGAAGCGGGUUCUUCCUCCUGUCACUGUUACCAGAUGCGAUAUUAAGGGGCCUCUAUCCCACCUCUGACCAUGUGGACCUCAGAUGAGAUUGCUCAACUGUGCUAUGAGCACUAUAGGAUCAGGCUGCCCAAACAAGGGAAGCCUGAGCCAAAUCGAGAAUGGACUUUAUUGGCAGCCGUAGUGAAGAUCCAAUCUCCACCUGACCAGGGCUGUGACACACCUGAUAAACCAGUGCAAGUGACAAAGGAAGUUGUCUCAAUGGGAACAGGAACGAAAUGCAUAGGCCAGUCCAAAAUGAGGAAGAGCGGAGAUGUCCUCAAUGAUAGCCAUGCCGAAGUCAUAGCCAGAAGGAGUUUCCAAAGGUACCUUUUCCAUCAGCUCCAAUUGGCAGCCAAUCUGAAAGAGGAUAGUAUCUUUGUCCCAGGAACUCAAAGAGGACAGUGGAAACUCCGACCAGACCUCUCUUUUGUGUUUUUCUCCAGCCACACACCCUGUGGGGACGCCUCCAUCAUUCCAAUGCUUGGGUUUGAAGAGCAGCCUUGCUGUCCUGUCAGCAGAGAUUGGGCCAAAACCUCAUCUGUAGAAGCCAGUGGUAACCUGGAGGCUUCUGAAAAUAAAAGAACUUGUGAAGACCCUGACAGUCCUAUAACCAAAAAGAUGAGGCUUGGAACUCCUGCCAGGUUGGUCGCCAACGAUGCAGCUCAUUGUGACAAGCAAGGCAGUGACCCAGUUGCACCAGAUGUCAGCAUUCCUAACAUCCCUUUAGAAGAACUGGCUUCUGUCCCUGGAAUAGCCUCCUGUGGUGUGAAAGUGGUGGACGUUUAUAGAACCGGAGCCAAGUGCGUGCCCGGAGAAGCUGGAGACCCUAGGAAGCCGGGUGCCGAAUAUCACCAGGUAGGGCUGCUCCGAGUGAAGCCAGGCCGGGGAGACAGGACUUGCUCCAUGUCCUGCAGUGACAAGGUGGCCCGAUGGAAUGUUCUCGGAUGCCAGGGCUCACUGUUGAUGCAUUUCCUGGAAGAACCCAUCUACCUAUCUGCUGUGGUCAUCGGAAAGUGCCCGUACAGCCAGGAAGCCAUGCACAGAGCGCUGAUUGGGAGGUGUCAGAAUGUCUCAGCUUUACCCAAAGGCUUUGGAGUUCAAGAACUGAAAAUACAGCAGUCACAUUUACUGUUUGAAAAGAGCCGCUGCGCAGUGCAGGCAAAAAGACCUGAUAGUUUGGGUCGACUUGUUCCUUGUGGAGCAGCAAUCAGCUGGAGUGCAGUUCCUGAGGAGCCAUUGGAUGUUACUGCCAAUGGUUUUCCACAGGGAACAACGAAGAAAGGAAUCGGAAACCUGCAGGCCAGGUCCCGAAUCAGCAAAGUGGCGCUCUUCAGAUCAUUCCAGAAGCUGCUAAGCAGCAUUGCAGAGGACAAGUGGCCAUACUCCCUCAGGGUGCAGAAGCUACACACUUACCUGGAGUAUAAAAAGGCUGCCUCUACUUACCAGGAGGCCUGGAGUACACUCCGGAAGCAGGCAUUUGGAUCCUGGAUCAGAAACCCGCCAGACUAUCACCAGUUUGAGUGAGAAGGAAAAGUUUUUAGAAAGCUUGCUAGUAGGUAGCAGGACCUUUCAUUUUGUACUGCCUCUUCCUUCACACUGGACAACCCUUGGCUUUUCUGGUGGCUGAAUCUGGAAAAAGAAAAGAAAUAGUCCCUUCCAGAGCACUGUAUCCCUCCAGGACACAGAGUAAUCUAUACUUGUUUGAAGUAGCUCGCUGCUAAAAUGGCAUCCCACUAAUGACCUUAUCUGACUUCAGUCAUGUUUUAUUGCUUCUCUAAAACACAAAAUCAGAGUGUGGAACAUGAUGCUUUAAAAGCACUGCAGCAGCUCUUGUUUAUGUGUUCCUGUAUUGAUUCAGCAGAUAUUUAUUGGGCUCAAAUGGCAUUGGGAUCUCUGCAAGCUCUACAGCUUCACCGGGUGUCAUGAACAUAAACAGUAUUUUGUAUUCCCAGCCUUCCUGCCUUGGGGAGCCAUUCUAAGUGCAGUCUUCAGGUAUCAGUCUUGCUCAUAGCUAAUUUUACUCCCUGGCUCAGGAUGACACUGAGCCAGCCGGGGAUGGCCCUGAUCUCAGAACUAUCAAGACAUAUCUCUUGAUUAGAACUUGAAGGCCACAUAAUCCUGGAACUGCCAAUGGCUGUUCUUUCCUCCCACAUAGAGCCAGCUGAGCAUGAAGCCAGCAGGAGGGAAACAGCCAGGAGAACCAAAGCUCUGCUGAUAUUGUUUGGAUCCCUGAAGCCAGGGCCCACCUGAACCUCAAUUAUGUGACACAAAUUCCUGUUGUUGCAACUAAGCCUGUUGGAGUAGAUUUCCUGAAGCUGAGUUCUGCUUGAGCACCUACAAGUCCCCGCAGCAAAUCAGCCGCAGACCUAGCAACCAAUCCUGUUUAACAUUAAAUAUUUAGCUCUCAGCUUUUUCACACCUUGACUAAUGGACUGAAACUGGAAACUUCUAUGUCAGGGGUUAUUCAAGGUGAGCUACUUUUAUGGCUUUAAACAUUUUUUAAUAACAACUUUUUUUGAGGCAGGGUGCUGGGGACUGAACCCAGGACCUUUCCUUUGCACUGAACUAUAUCCCUAGUCCCUCUCUUCUCUCUCUCUCACUCUCUCUCUCUCUCUCUCCUUUUUGUUUUCUUGAGACAGGGUCUUAAAUUGUCUAGGCUAGGCUUGAACCUGUGAUCCUCCUGCCCUAGCCUCCCAGAAUGCUGGGAUUACAAGCAUGCAACACCAUGGCCAGCAAUAUCAGCUUUAUUGAGAUAAAAUUCAUCCACUCAAAGUAUACCAUUAGCAGUAUUUAAACUAUCCACAGAGUUGUAUAACCAUCCAUUUCAUAUCAUUUUCAUCACCCCAAAAAGAAACUUUGUGCUUAGUUUCCUAGGGCUAUCUUAACCAAGUACAAUAAUCUGGUUUAAAACAACAAAUCAAUCAGGCAUGAUGGCGCAAACCUGUAAUCCCAACAUUCAGGAGGCUGAGGCAGGAGGAUUGCCUGCAAGUUCAGGACCAACUUGGGCUACAUAGUGAAUUUAAGGCCAGCCUGAACUACAUAAUGAGACCCUGCCUCGAAAAAAAAAAUAUUCUCUCUCAGUUCUGGAAGGGAGAAACUCAAAAUCAAGUUGUCAUGGGGCUUACGCUCCCUCUAAACACUUGGCAUGAAUUCUUCCUUGCCUCGCCCUUAGCAUCUGUGGCUCCUCCUAGUCCUUGGUGUUGCGUGGCUUGGAGCUGCAUCACUCCAGCCUCCACCUUCCCUUUGCAUGCCUUCUUCCCUGUGUGUUCGCCUUCACUCAGACUCCUUCUAUCAUAAUCCAUCCCAUUCUCCACCAACUGCAUCUGCAAUGACCUUGCUUCCAUCAAGGUCACGUCCUGAGGUUCCAGGGGACAUGGAAGUUGGGGGCACUGUUCAACGCUAUGUGCUACCCAUUAUAUUACCUCCUUAUUUCUUCUCAGCCCCCGGUCCUGCAGCAGCCAGUUUUCUGUCUCUGUGGGUUUGCCUGUUCUGAACAUCACAUGCAAAUGGGAUAAUACAAUAAGUGGUCUGUAUGUUCUUAAUUUUUUUAAUUAUGGGAGUAAUGUAUGUUUGUCAUAACAAGUUAUCCUUAAUAUUUUUAAAUAAAUCAUUUUAGAUUGCAGGCAAGGAAGCCAAAAACACUUCUACCUACAGCCCAAA